AUGGCCACGAAAGCUGUAGCACGUGUCAGGAAGAAGGACAUUGUUAAAGUCGUGCACAGUGCGCUGUUAAGAACAAAUAUCAGGGCACAAAUGGCUUCAGCAGCUCCUCCGCUGGGACCACAACUUGGUCAGCGUGGUGUGAAUGUCGCAAAUUUCUGCAAAGAAUUCAACAAGGAAACUGCGCAUAUCAAACCAGGUUUGUGGGCAUCAGAUAUAUAG